CGACGGCGUCCCACCAAAUUUGAUCAGUUGAUGUUGACGAACAAAAAGACGUUUGGUUGCAGCAAUCAGCUAAGCCUGAACGCCAUUUCUACACUUCCCACUUCAGCGGACAGCGACAGCGACAGCGAGGAAGCUCUACACUAAGCGCUGAUUUGGAGAACGAUACACCAAGCGCAAGAAUUUCGGAAGUGAAACUGGGCAGUUAAGAAUUGGAGGUAAGUUUGUCUUUUUGAACAUGGCACAUAAAAGCUUUUGGGAGUUUGGAAAAGCUCUCCUGUAGUUUUGGCGAGUUUAGCAGCUUGGUUUUGGAGUUUAACUUCAGUCAAGUCAAUUUCCUGAAAAUUCCGUGUAUUUUCAGGUUCCCAGACUAGGGUUAGGAUGUGUCGGGCUUUCUGGGUUGCUAAACGAUCCCCUUAUCCACGAAGACGGAUGUUAAUUUCUGAAGAACGCUUUCCAUAAAGGUGUGACCUCCUUUGAUACAUCGGAUGACUACGGACGUAAUCAUGAUGAUGAAAUCAUGUUGGGGAAGGUAGUCAAAAAAGAAACUGAAUCCAAUGCUCUUCUUCAGAUGUUGAUGGAUUGAGUUUAUCUACUUGACAUGAAAUUUUUGAGCUAUCAGAUUGAUUGUGUUUGUUGGUAUCAUUUGUCAGGCUCUAAAGGAGCUUCCCAGGGAUCAAGUUCAAUUAGAAACAAAAUUCGGAAUCAUUGUAGGUGAAGAGAAGCUGUUUGAGGUAAAGGGUAGUCCUGACUAUGUGGGUGAAUGCUGUGAAGCUAGCCUUGACCGACUUGGAGGGGACACGUCAUCUCUAUAACCAGCAUCGUAUUGAUAAUUCUGUUCCCAUGGAGGAUGCUGUAAAGUUUCGAAACACCUAAGGGUCCCUUUCUUGUUUUGCUUGUAAGGCUUAGUUGCAGCACUGAACUUUGUCUCGGUAUGUAAUUUUUUUUUUUUUGGUGAUUUGAGAUUAGAUAGAGGAGAUGAAGAAGCUGUGAAUGAAGGUAAGGUGAAGUACAUUGGACUGUCCGAAGCAAGCACUGACAGGACCAGGAAUGCUCAUGCUGUUCAUCCCAUUACAGCAGUACAUAUGCAAUACUCAUCACGGAGCAGAGAGAUUGAACAAGUGAUAAAUCCUCUCUGCCAGUAUAUAUGUUCUCAAUCCGCGUCUAGCUUAGUCAUUUCACUUGUGUUCAUGCUUCCGGUUCUGGCCUUGAACUUGGUGGAAGAGUCUAGUUGAAUUGAGUAAGUGAAAUUCCCAAUUCUUUGCCUUAACAUUCUUCUUAUUCAGCUUCUCUUUUUAAAUUUGAUAGUGAACUUGGAAUUGGUAUACUGAGUUAUAGUUCUCUUGGAGUCUUGGUGAUGGAUUAUUUGCUGGAAAAGCAGUUGUGGAGAGCCUGCCCAGUGGGAGUUUUUUUUGGUAAGUCGGCUGUUUUGCAUGAUUCGAAACUAAUGUUAUGGCAAGACAUGUCUUUCAAACUAUGUCCCAGUAAAUAGUUUGUUGACCGAGUCUGAACCAAUUAAUUAAUCUUGUGUUUUUGUGAGUUGUCUUGAUGUAAGCCACUUGGAAUUUUCCUCCUUUUGCCGUCCAAGGUAUAUUUGAACUGCUUUUGGGUGCUUUAUUCUGCCGUCCUCAUCUGUAAUAAGACGAAUAAAUGUUCACUGUCAGGUGAAUUUGAUCCUUCCAAAGAGGUCCAUGGCAGGAACCGGCCCUCCUUUUCAAAUUCAGAAAAAAGGAACACGAGACCAUGCUAACUAGUACUUAUAAUGCUACUCAGUAGCUCCCUUCACAAAAAUACAGAUCAAAAACUGAUCUAAGUAUUAUCACUCCAAAACUAUUAUUGCUUUUCUCUGCAGAAUGGAGAAAUCACAGCAGACUCAAAUUCCAAAAGUCAAACUCGGCAAUCAGGGAUUAGAGGUGUCAAGGCUAGGAUUCGGAUGCGCAUCUCUUGCUGGAACAAAGAGUGCUCCUCUUAGUCACGAAGAAGCUUGCUCUCUGAUUGCCCAUGCUGUCAAAAGUGGUAUCACUUUCAUUGACACAUCCGAUCUCUAUGGCAACGAUCAUGAAAGCGAAAUCAUGGUUGGCAAGGCUCUGAAGCAGUUCCCUCGACAAGAGAUUCAGCUGGCAACUAAAUUUGGACUCUACAUAACCGAGGCUGGUGAGUUUAGAGUCGAUGGGAGGCCUGAGUAUGUACGAAAAUGCUGUGAAGCUAGCCUCGCCCGACUUGGAGUAGACUGCAUCGAUCUGUACUAUCAGCACCGUGUAGAUCAAUCAGUCCCCAUAGAAGACACUAUGGAGGAGCUGAAGAAGCUUGUGAAUGAAGGAAAGAUCAAAUACAUAGGGCUGUCCGAACCCAGUCCAGACACGAUCAGGAGAGCCCAUGCGGUUCAUCCCAUCUCUGCCUUGCAAAUGCAGUAUUCCCUUUGGUCCCGUGACAUUGAACAAGAAAUCAUCCCUCUUUGCAGAGAACUUGGAAUUGGAUUAGUUGCUUAUAGUCCGCUUGGCGUUGGAUUCUUUGCUGGAAAAGGAGUUGUUGAAACCUUUCCUGACGACAGUGAGUCGCAUGUGUAUCAUCCUAGGUUUGCAGCUGAGAAUGUACAUAAGAACAAGGUCUUGUACACACGAGUGGCCAACCUGGCUACAAAGCAUGGAUGCACUCCUCCUCAACUAGCACUUGCAUGGCUUCUACAUCAAGGAAUUGACAUAAUCCCACUCCCUGGCACCACUAAAGUGAAAAAUCUGGACAACAACCUUGGAUCGUUGGCCUUGACGCUUACUGAAGAAGAUGUAGAAGAAAUUUCUGAUGCUGUUCCCAUUGAUGAAGUCAGUGGAGCGGCGACCUAUGCUGUGGUAGCUGAAUACGCAUGGAAGCUUGCGGAUACCCCAUCUAAGCAAUAAUCUUUCAGGAAAUGCCUUUCCGCACUUGUAUUUUCUAUUCCUGACUGUUCAUGAAAGAGCAAUUUGGUUAUCUUUUCUUGCAUACGAAGACAAUGGAACUAAAUUGAAGGUUGUUUUUUUUAGUUGGAAAGCAUCAGGUCUCACUAUUUACUUUGAAGGUGUAUCAUGAUGGUAAACAAAGACAGAUCUUUGUAACUCGAUGUGCUAUACUCCUAACAUGAGACAUUCUCCAGUGUCUUUUGACAUCAAAUCAAGAGUAAGAGUGAGGAAUUCAAUAUAUACUACCAUAGUACUACCAUCAACCCUGCAUAUCUACAAUUUGAUGCACUAAUGCACAACAUUCUCCGAUCCAGCAUAAUCAAUAAUCCCCGCAAAACAACUUGAACAUGUGUUUUUUAGUCUUGAUCAAACAUUUUCAAAUCCGGUUUGAGCAUAAAUUCGAUAUAGAGGCUCUAGUGAUCGGUGAGUUGUUUCCGAGAUAGUGGAUAUGCCAACUGGAAGGGAUGUGAAGUCAAUUGUGCUAGAUCAAUAGUUUUAAAUUGAUUGUGAUUUCGUAGUAAAGUUUUAGGUUGUUC